AGAAACCUUGUCUGUCUGCAGGAGGAGCAUCCCAGCCCAGGCCAACCAUAUGAAGGAGCAUCCCGGACAGCCUACCUCCCAGACUCCCCGGAGGGCAGGCUGGUCCUGGGCCUGCUGAGGCGAGCCUUCGAUCAGAGGCUCAUUUUCACCAUCGGACGCUCCACUACCAGUGGCAGAAACAACACAGUCACAUGGAACGAUAUCCACCACAAAACCUCAACACACGGAGGACCGACUCACUACGGAUACCCCGACCCCGAGUAUCUCAGCCGAGUUCGAGAUGAGCUGAAGGUCAAAGGA